GGAAUUUACUGAUGUGAUGGAUAUGGAAUCGACGAACACCGUGCACUGAAUGUUGAAAUUUAGUCCCGGUUUGGACAGCAGAGUGUUGUUUGCGGCUCGUUCGCUACACUUUGGACUUUGAAGCCAGCAAUAUCGUGUCCGCUUCAUUUCCCCUUUUAUAGAGGCGUUGAGUCAUGGUUUGUCGGGUCGCGGUGGUCGGAGCAGGCAGUUCAGGUCUGGCCUGUAUCAAGAUCUGUGUUGAUGAGGGCCUGGAGCCUGUCUGCUUUGAAAGCAGUGAUGACAUUGGUGGCCUGUGGAGAUUUAAGGAGGCCCCUGAGCCACAGCGAGCCAGCAUCUAUCGCUCAUUGGUGGUCAACACCUCAAAAGAGAUGAUGUGUUUCAGUGACUAUCCCAUGCCGGAUGACUAUCCAAACUACAUGCUCCACUCUCAGCUCCUGCAGUACCUCAGUCUCUAUGCUGAGCACUUUCACUUGCUCAGAUACAUCAACUUUCAGACCACGGUGAGGAGUGUUACACAAAGACCAGAUUUCUCUCUGUCUGGUCAGUGGGACGUAGUGACCAUAAACAGGGAUGGAGAGGAAGAAAGGCUCGUCUUUGAUGCUGUCCUGGUCUGUUCGGGUCCUUACACUAAUCCAACAUUACCCCUGUCAGGUUUAACAGGAUAUGAGACCUUUACUGGCAGGUGUUUUCACAGCUGGGAAUAUAAAGAUGCAGAGGCCUUGAGAGGAAAGAGGGUGGUGGUGGUUGGCAUGGGAAAUUCCGGAGGGGACAUUGCUGUGGAGAUCAGUAGAUCUUCUAAGAAGACAUUUCUCAGCACACGAGAAGGGGCCUGGGUGACUGGCAGGAUGUCUACCAAUGGUCUGCCUCUGGACAUGAUGAACAUCUCCAGACGCAUCAAUAUCCUCAAACUGCUCCUCCCCCAGACCCUGAUCAACUGGGUAGUGGAGCGAGCACUGAACCAGAAAUAUGACCACAGACUGUACGGCCUGCAGCCCAGACACAGAAUUUUGGACCGAGGGAUUUUGAUCAAUGAUGGUCUUCCUGGCCAAAUCCUUCAAGGGGCGCUGGUCCUGAAGCCCAACUUGAAAGCGUUUGUGGAAACGGGAGUUGUGUUUGAAGAUGGCACAGUGGAGGAGAACAUCGAUGCUGUGGUCUUCUGUACUGGAUAUAAUGGAACCUUUCCAUUCCUGCCUCCAGCUUUGUCUGAGGGGACUCAUGGAGAGUUGACAUUGUACAAGAGACUGUUCCCUCCUUCUCUCCAACACCCCACACUGGCCAUUAUUGCAUUUUUUCGAACAAGCGGACCAAUCAUGCCCACAGUAGAAAUGCAGGCACGGUGGGCUGUCAAGGUCUUUUCAGGUUCGAGGCAUCUUCCUUCUCAGGAGAAAAUGCUGGAAGUCCUUGAGUCUGAUAGACAGAGAUCCAUGAAAAGCUACACCUGCCCACUACAGGCUGCUCUCCAUGUGGAUUACAUCACAUACGUGGAUUUCAUGGCCAAGGAGGUAGGAGUUCAACCAAACCUUCUGGCACUACUCCUGAGAGACCCUGUGCUCUGGCUGAAGGUCGUCUUUGGUCCCUUCACUCCAUAUCAGUUUCGUCUCGCUGGACCUGGACAAUGGGCCGGAGCCCGACAUGCUAUCCUCACUCAGUGGAAGCGGGUUGCUCAGCCUUUCAAAACCCGAGCGGUACCAGAACCAGAGCCUGGGCAAUCUGUCUUUUCCCUCCCUGGGCUGCUCACAUUGGGAGGAAGUGUGAUAAUGGCUGUACUUCUGUCGAAAAAUCUUCCAGCGCUGCAGGGUGCAGCUGAGUUUCUUGAGAGGAGCAGGAUCUUUUUGAUGGACAACUGGUAUACUGGUUAAACCAGAAGAUCCUGACGCUUCUCAUGCUACAGGCUUCUCUGUGCACAGCCACUUAUCUAUCUGCUGGAUUCAUGUGCCUCUUGAAUGGUCCAAUUUCCCAAGUAGGGAAGUAAUUCAUCCAACUUGUUUGUGUUCAUGUGCUAUAAUUCAGGUUGUUGAAAUGACAAUGUCCCACUGUGAAGCUGUGAAUCAUUUAAUUACUAUAAAGUUACUGCUAAUUCCAUGACCAUUUUAAAAUACCUUAUAUGUUGACGUACUUUCAGCCAGGAUAAACCCUGCAGGGAAACAGGUCUUAAAUGCAUGAGAAGAAUGUGUCACACACAUUCAAACCUGAUAACACAAAACACCACACACUGGAGCUAUUGUCCUCUUGCUUUUUCUUCCCUGCAUACCAGACUGGAGGUGUGGACCUGUCUCACUCAACCUCCAUGAGACAAAACAACCCAACCAGCCUUGCUCCUGCAGGUAAAACUAUACCUGCAACUCCCCUUUGUACGCGGUGCUACUUUUCACAAGUGCUCAAGGUAUUACUUACUCCUCACCUUGAAUACCCUCAAGAUCAAGUUCUACCUGUUCAUGUUCCAGAUGGCACAACAAGCCUUACUGAUGUUUUAAUUCCGUUCAUGAAGUUCUGUCUCCCCCUGCUGUUUUACUGUACUGUCUGAUUCAUUGUUUACCAGGAAGUCUCAGAACCAUAAAUACAUAAACUAUGCAUAUAAUAACACUUAAGUUUGCCUGAAAAUUGUCAAUUUAGUUCUUCACAAUUCCUGAGAUAUAAGAUUUAUGGGGACUCCUUUUUACCUAAUCACAGAUUUACAGAACCUUACACAAGUUUGUUUUAUUCUUUAUAUUUCUGCUAUUGUGUUUGAUUUGAAUUUAGACAAUGAUGUGUUAAUGUAACCGUUAAAAAAAGGGGGGUAUUGUUAUUGCAGUUGACUCAUUGAACUGAAUCAAAGAUAUUUGCCAACAAACUUGUGAUAGAAUAAAAUGCAAUUGCUUUGAAUGAAAUAUGCAUUAAAACAGUGAUUAGUUCAAAAUUUGUUCUACCGAGUCUGUAUGUAGUUUAUCAUGAAAUGGAGGUACACACUCAAAGUGCAAUUACAUCAAUAAAUCAAUCCCUAAAAUGCUUUACAGAGUCUAUAAAAUCAGCCCCCUAGCGAUCCACAGACUCCCAUCCAUACAUCCAGAACAAGACAAAUAUUAGCAGGAAGUCAGCUGUCAUGAAUAUUAUACAUUUGAAAAUAGAAAACACCUAGGGCAUGAAAAGAAAGAUAAAUACAGAUUAAAAUACUCAAAUUAAUCAGGAAAAGAUACAACUCGAAUUCUAAAAGAGAUGUGAAAGGAUAAAUGUAAAAUACAGAUAAAAGAAUAAAAUACUAAAAGAGCAGUAAAUAAAACCAGAGAAAGUAGAGAAAGUAGGUAAAUAAGUAAAUAAUUAAAUAAAAUAGAGUAAAUGGAUAUAUCUGCAAAACAGUCUAAGGUGUAUGAAUAAAUUCCCGAGAUAAAUACAAAAAAAGAAUCAAAUAUAAGGCCUGAUUAAAAAGGUAGGUCUUGAGUUUGCCUCUAAAAAUAUCCAGAGAAAUAUCCACAUUCUCUCCUGCAGACCCCGGGUCUUCAGGCAGGCUGGACCAGAGACCAUAGUGAUACAAAUAUGAGAUGCUCUAAGAUGCCCUUAGACCAGUAAGGUACACAACAGAAAUAUCCUAAAACUACUGUGAGAACAUCUGCUUGUGUUGAUGGUCUUCAUGGAAUCUUUUCUUAGAUUGUUAUUGUCCCAACUUAGAUUUGACUAUUUAUCUUCUUGAGGAGGCCCAACCUUCUUGAUAUAGUUGCACUUUGUCCUGUUUUUCUAUCGUAAUCUUAAGCAUAAAUAAUUCCCCACUUUAACCACUGCAGUGAUAUUUUAACUCCCCUGUGUCACACUUCAGUUUGUCGGGUUAGGGUCAAAGUUGAUCAUUAUCCUGGAUUACAAAAGAAAGACACGCUCUGGUUUAUUUUUUUAUGGUUCGAUCAAUCACAGUCGUGUUGGGUGGCACUUGUUUUGCUGGAACAUUUGCAUCAACAGUUCUAUGUGUAAUGUUUAAUUAUUCAGUCCAAAGUUUGUCAUUUUCAGCGUGAACUCUGUCUGGUUGCUCUCGUUUUUCGACCAUAGCAAAGGGGAUUGAAACAAGUAGGGUCCAGCUGCAGCCACAGCACAAACGAGAAGGAAGUUGAACUUCCAAAUAUAGUUCAUGAGCUGGGUUGAGUCCAUAGAUUAUAUAAAAAGUCGGUUUCUUCUUCUUCUUAUCCUCCUAGAUAAAACUUAUAGAAAAGCAUUUAUCUAAAAACACGGUUUAAAACUAAAUUUCAAGAACAAUGGAAGAUUUAAUAAAAGUAUAAAAGGGUAGAAGAGGUAAAAUGAUUAAGAGAAUAAUAAAAUAUUGAAAUAAAAUUCAUAUUCAAUAAAUAAAAAUAAGACGUAAAAAUGUUUAAUAUAAGAGUAGAAGAGGUAAAUUAAAUAAAAGAGACAAAUCUGUAUCAAAUGUAAAAAAAGUUGAAAGGGGAAAACUGUAGCGUAGGAAAUCACAGUUCAUACUGAAGAGUAAACAGUUUUUUAAAAGACUUUGACCGGCCUCAUUUUCUCUCUCUCCACCUCUUGGCUUUUCAUUUUUUUGACAACUUGUUAUCUUUUCUGUUGUUCCUUUUCUUUUAAUUUAAUGUACAUAUUGUAAACGUCCAAUAUAUAAGACGGUCAGCAAAACACUACAGCCGACAGUUAAAACAAUGGAGAGAGUUGUCUCUCUCCCACCACUCACAGGUUGAGGACACUGAACCACGAGUGCAAAACGAGCACAGCAUUACCCCCUGACAAUGAAUGUAGACGAGUCCUACACUGUGAACUGAUCAGCUAAUGUAUGAUCUAAUGUAUAACAUAUACAGUAUAUGUGUUUUUCUAACUCUUAAGUGUCAGUGCAAAAGUCCAUUGCUCCGAAAGUGCACACUGGGUUUGGAUUUUCAGACCCUGUUAACAUGUUGCUCGAUUUAACAGAUAAUGCAUAAUUGAUUUCAUGUUUAUUUCGGAGUAGUACCCUAUUUGGGUAGUAAACUAUUCUUUCUAAUUGAACCCUAAUUCUACAUGAGGCAGAGAGCCGAGAGACUAACGCUCAUCUUCUGCACCGGAAAGUCAAUUUCAAAAGGGAAAAUACUUUCUUU